CGAAUAGUACCAUGUCGUUUUGUAGGUGUAGUUUUGCCGCUCUUGUCAUAUGGUUGGUUAUUGAGAGCUGUAGUUGUACUUCCAAAGAAAUAAGGGUUCUUGGAAAGCCAAAAAUAAGGCCUUUAUAUCUGAAUGUCUCUGAGUGGAAGGGAGACAAUGUAGUAACUAUGCAUGGAAGAUUUCAGUGCCCCCCAGACACAACAGCAGAAUUUUCUGGGAAAACUAUCAGCUUUGACAACGUUUCGGACUCAAUGGAUGGUUCAUCGAAUUUCAAAAUGGUUCUCUUUGAUGACCGAUGGGGUUGGCUGCCCCGACUUACGUUGAGUUCAAAAUCUGCGUCCGAAGAAAUGCAUAUUUAUUUGAGUGACGUAGUAGACGACAAUGUACAGACAAGUUUUUUGGGAACAAACUGUUUAGUUGGAAUAAACAGGUCAUCAGAAAAGCAAUCUACAACAUACACUUCUGUUAUUCAGAGCUGUAACAACGCUCCAAUAAUCGAGAAGUUUAACAUUGGACUGAAUAAGUCUGGUGAGAUUAUAAGGCUUGAUUCAGACGUAUACUGCUAUGGUUCGAAUGACGAAUAUGGGAAGUAUUUCAAAUCGAGGUGUUCCAUGUAUAUAUCCAACGAUCCUUUGUAUGUCACAUUUUACGAAGAGAACAUGGCUGCUGACAAUAUUGAGUUGUACUAUCUCACCUACCAGUUCGACCCUGUUGGACCUUGCAGUCACAACUGUAUUUCAGACAUCAAAAGAUGGUUUUUCUCAGUCGUUUAGAUUCAGCAAGUAUCUUUUUUUUUGUAAAAUCACUUUUUUUAUGUGGCGUUAAAUUUUCGAGUUUUUGGAAAAAACGAUUGAUUUUUAAUUAUUGCUUUCAUGGAUGAAUAAUUGCUGAGUGUGAUGUUGAGGACAUUUUGCAUUUCCUGGUGGAUAUGAAUUCGGAUGUCUCUUCUUACCUUGAAAGAGACGAAAAAUUAACCCCGAAGAUUUCACAGUAUUAAUAAAAUAAAUGAAGAAA